AUGCAAUAUUCUAACAUUGAAGACUGUGCAAAAUGCGGCUGUGAUUGGUUAGAUGUCAAAGAUGGUCAAGGAGCCCAGACAACAUACGUAACGGGAAUUGGUGAUAGAAUAUGCGGUGUUUGGCAAAGGCCAGACUCAGUCUUUACUACAGCAGGCAAUACUUUAACCCUGACGUUUAUGAGCGACAACGGAGAUCAGAUGAGUGGUUUUGAACUUCUGAUCAAAACAAAGCCAAAUGAACUGAAGGACUCAAUCCUUGUGGGUUGCAAUCAGGAUAACUGGGAUAUCAAGAUAAACAUGACACUGCUGCAUGAUCUCUACCCUACUGUCAAAACAACUGACAUCUAUCUAGGUGAAAACAGAUGCACUGGUUCUGAAACAACAGGUGUUCUGAGAUUUCAACAGGGUUUGAGUGAAUGCCUUACUAAUCAGAAAGACAUGAACGACUUGCAAGUUUAUGCCAACGAACUUAUUGCUGUUGAACGUAAUCCUCAGUUUGCAUUCAUCAUCAAACGUUAUAUUUGGAAAUUGGAAGUAGAAUGCGACUUAACAGCGAACGGUUCAGUUUCUGCUGGUGGAUUCAAAGACGAGGUUGUCACUGGACAUACAUCAUAUGGUCAAGAACAAAAGUUGAAUAUCUCAUUCUAUCUGGAUCCGAGCUUUAAUAACAAAGUCCAUGGGAAUCCCCUUAAUGCAUCUGCUGGGGCUCAUAUCUACCUGAAGGUGUUUACAAGUAUCAAAGACUGGACCAUAACAAUGAAACUUAAAACGUGCUAUGUCAUACCGUCUUUACAUGCACCUGAGAAUAUGAAAUACUACUUGAUCAAGAAUGGAUGUGAGGCUGAUACCAACACACACAUUCUUUCCCAGACAGGACAUGAGACACAAUUGGUAUUCGAUUACUUUGAGUACACCGAAAAUAAGAACGGCAUCUACGUCAUCUGUGAGGGCCUCAUAUGCUCACCAACGGACACAUCAGUAGAAUGUAAAAUAUCGUGUAUUCCAAAUACAUAGGCCUCACGUGUGUUGAAACUGAAGUAGAAUAUUGUUUUUAACCUAGAAGAGCAUAUGGAUACACGAAAAGUACUUUUUGUUUCCGCGUACAUUAUUCUGGUUACUUUCUUUUAAAUAAAUUGUAUAGUCAGAGUAUACAUCAGAUUUUAUUCUUUUUAUUUUAAAGUCAUUAUGAUUUAGGCGUAUUGCUAUGUAUACAGGUCGUGUGGAUAUGUGUUUGUUUAAACGUCUGAGUGGAUAUGUGUGUGUGUUUAAAAGUCUGAGUGGAUAUGUGUGUGGUUAAAUGUUUGCGUGUAUGUGAAUGAACCUGUUCUCUCACCCGUGAGGUCAAUAUUAUUCCGGUGGCAAUGGCUAAACACAUGUAGAGGGAAAAGAGAUAAACCCCGGAAUGGAUUGAACCAAAGGAGAACACUCAUUUUGUACUUCUGUAUGGUAAACAGUUUUCAUUCGGUAUUAAGCUAGUAGCUAAUAAUGUUUCCAUUAUCAACAUUAUUUCAAAGACUGAUCAGUUAUUUAAAAAAGACAUGCCGUAUUUCAUGACAAAAUCAAAAAUACUGUCGGCUUAAACCACUGAGGCAAGUCUUUCCGCUUGUUAUCGAAAGAAAUAGUUUAUUUAUAUUUUUAAAAAUGCCGACAGUUAUUCGGUGUUCACAUUAAAUAAUAUUUUAACUGGGCAGAACGUGAAUUGGAUGCACACUUACUACAAGCGAGCGAAAUGGUUGCAAACUUACAAAAUGGCGGAUAUUUGCCAAAACUACCGCACAUUCGCAUUUUUUUAUCAGGUAAGUGGGUUUGUAUGGUAUUUUGAACUCUACGGAUAUGUGCAUGCAUCAUUUCUAUGUCUACAUCACAAUCGGUUUUGCGUUUUAGCGUCGUAGAUUUUGAAUGGACAGAGUUAUCGAAGGUAUGAAAUGGUGAUGUCCGGGUUCUGAUAUUUGAACGACGUCGUUUCUUGCCGGUUUUUUUUUCUUCUUUAAAUCUUUAGAUCAAGCUUGCCUGUAUUGGGACCCUUAAACGAGACAAAACAACUAAUUGUGAAUAAUUUUAUAAAAAGGUUGGUUUUGCAUGUUUCAUAGAUGAUUCUAUACAGUACCCAAAAAAUAUUUUGUUCAAGCUCUUUUUCGUUACAAACUUGUUAUCAACUUGAAAAUUAGUGUCCAACUCUCGGAGAAUGUUGUUGGUGCUUGUGGACAUUGGACAUGACCAUUUUAUACCUAAUUCGAAAUCUACGACGCUUAAACGCAAAACCGAGAGUGACAUAGAUAUAGAACUGAUGCAUGCUUAUCUGUUAAAAAAAAAACAAGCGAACGUAGAACAACAAGCGAACGUGUGAUGAUUUUAGCAAAUAUACGCCAUUUUGUAAGUUUGCAACUGGUUCGCUCGCUUGAUGUAAGUUUGCAACCACUUCACGUUCUGCCCUUUGUACGUACACAAUUAGACCUUAAUUAAGCCUUGUUUGUUAUACUUAAAAUACUUUGAUAUAGAUUGUUUGUCACUCUUAUUUAGACUUGAUAUAUUAUACAGUUUCAGUUUUACUCUUUUCUAUCGUAUGAUUUACUUUUCUAUGUUACAACUUCAAUAAAUAAGCAGGACUCAUC